AUGUCUCUCACCAUAACGCUUCGCGCCGCGUACGUCGCGUGCUCUCAACCUCCAAUACCUCUCCCUCCGACUCGCGCUGGCUUUGACAAAGCCAGAAUCGGGGGGCGAACCGACCCCGUAAAUCGCACGGACCCCCUCUCGAGGGCGGACUCAUUGAAAGCGGAGUCGUUCAAGGCUCGCACCGACCCCUGCACUUGUACCGAUAGUUCAGGAGAGAAUGCGGUUCGCCACACUAACAAUGACGGCAUGAAAAAUGACGCGAGAGGUGAGGUCACCGAUGACGACGGUGGAAUCCCGCUGGAUCCGCUGCGCGAUCUGCGGCCGUCGCUCAUCGGCUCCACGUGGCAGCGCGAGUCGUGGCGGCGGAAGAAGCGGCCCGUGAAGACGCCGCGGCGGGCGGAGAAGGCGCGGCCGUCGCUGCUGGAGGAGAUCGCGACGGCGUGGAGCAACGACCGCCGCCGGCGCCGCGAUGGCCGCUGGAUGGUCGACACGCCGCGCGGCAUCCCCACUAGUGCCCGCCCGGACCCGCCCUGCCCCGACUGCAGGGGGAGUGGGCGCGUGGAGUGCACCCGCUGCUGCGGCCGAGGGCGCACCAACCACGUUGACCUCGUCAUGCUCCCCACCGGCUCCUGGCCGCGCUGGUGCUGGUUCUGCAGGGGCAGUGGGCGGUGCUACUGUGCGCGCUGCCUGGGCACGGGGGAGAAGCGAGGCAUCAUCGGCUUCCACUGA